GGCGGAUCGGGCCCGGGGCGGCGGCAUGGCCCGGGGCACCCUCCGCCUGCUGCUCUGCUGCGCCUCUGCCCUGCUCGCUGCAGGGCUGGGACCUGACAGCAGCAGGAACAGUACGGACAACAGCACGGGGACAACCAUGUCAUCAUCUCCAUCCAGCUCAGCUGCAGCCACCAGCUUGAAGACACCCAGCAUGUCUUCAUCCACGCCUGGCACCCGUGUGCAUCCAGCCAACCUACCCACAGCAUCAUCUCCAGCGAGCACAGUGACACUUCGGGCAUCUUCUCCCAGCGCAGCCACAUCAUCAUCUUCCUCCAGCACUGCAGGCUCAACAGCACCCGUGACACCUUCAAUAUCCAGCAUGACCACAACACCACCUCUCCCUGCAGCGUCUCCAUCCAACACGACCACGACAGCACCUCCAUCCAACAUGACUACAACACCCUCUUCAUCCAUGACAACUUCCAGCACGACCAUGGCACCAUCUCCAUCCCACUCAGCUGUGCCCAACUCCACGACUCAUCCACCCAACUCCAAGGCAGAUCCGGUCCCAUCCCUGUCCGUGCCCCCCAGCCCCACUCCUGCUCCCAGCUCUCCUGCACCCACAGCGACCUCCAGUCCCAGCAGCACCUUGGCCACCAGCUCCAAAACAACACUGGCCAUCAGUACCAUCUCCGUGGCCAGCAGCUCCGCGCAGCCCCCCGCCCAGACCAGCCCUUUCACCGUCAUCAUCAUCUGCCUCUUUGUCUGCGUGCUGGUGGGGGGGGCGGCCGUGCUGCUGGUGCGGCUGAGGCGCCGCGGGACCCCCCGCUUCCGACACCUGGAUGAGGUGCCCAUGAGCAAAGUGAUGGAGGGGUCCUACGGCACCCACCAGCCACCCAGGUGACCCCCCCAAUCCUGCUGCAGCCCCCCCCACCCCCGGG